UUACUGCACCCAGGCCCAGGCAGAGUCUGCUAGAACCUACAGCUCCCCCGCUUGACUUUCCAUGGCCGAUUCCGGCGACACGGUCCAACCAAACACGCAUCAGCGCGACAGAGACCCGAGCAGAGCCGUGGCGCCCCGCCUCAUCCCAGCUUCCUUCCUCAUCCCUUUCUUGCCUGAUCCACCCCGCCUCCUCAUCCUCCGGCCAAGUUUUCAACCGCGUAGCGUUGCGGGCGAGCAGCGGACAGGUCCUGAAUCGGUUCUCCACGCCAGAUUUCUUCUCAAUGGGGAGCCGGCGGUUGGUCGCCGCGGCGGCGGCGGCGGCGGCCAUGGCGGUCUUCUUGCUGCUGUCUGGAGCCUCUCACGGAGGGCGGAGAGGACCCAGUGUCAACAACAGCAACAACCGGACUUUUGUUUUCAACUACACCCUAGCGAAGACCAUUGUGGAAUAUGCUUCAGCUGUGUAUAUGACGGACCUAACAGCUCUAUAUUCAUGGACAUGCUCAAGAUGUAACGACUUGACUAAAUAUCUCUUUUCAAAACAGGGCUUUGAGAUAAGGUGUAUAAUUGUUGAUAUCCGGAACUGCUUGCAGGCAUUCAUUGGUGUUGAUCAUAAUCUCAAUGCUGUAAUCGUUGCAAUCAGGGGAACUCAAGAGAACAGUGUUCAGAACUGGAUUAAGGACCUGGUAUGGAAGCAGGUUGACCUAAACUAUCCGAACAUGCCGAAUGCGAAGGUCCACACUGGAUUUUACUCUGCUUACAAUAAUACACUUUUACGUCCAGCCAUCACAAAUGCUGUUCGCAAGGCAAGGAGAUUGUAUGGCGAUAUUAGCGUUAUAGUUACAGGGCAUUCAAUGGGAGGAGCUAUGGCUUCUUUCUGUGCACUUGAUCUCGCUAUUAGCCUUGGAAGUGACAGUGUUCAUCUCAUGACUUUCGGGCAACCACGAAUUGGCAAUGCUGCUUUUGCCUCUUACUUUGAACAAUAUGUACCCAGUGCGAUCCGAGUGACACAUGAGCAUGAUAUUGUGCCUCAUUUGCCCCCUUAUUUCUUCUUCCUCCCGCACCUGACAUACCACCACUUCCCUAGAGAGGUAUGGGAACAUAAUGUCGAUGGCAACACAACCUUCCGAGUUUGUGACGGCAGCGGAGAAGAUCCAAAUUGUUGCAGGAGCGUGUUUGCGUUGUUCCUAAGUGUCUCAGACCAUCUCACCUACAUGGGUGUUGAGAUAGCAGCAGAUGACUGGAGCAGCUGCAGAAUCGUCAUGGCCCAGAGCGUCGAGAGGCUCCAAUUGUGUCUUGCGAGUAAUAUUAUCAUGUCGAAGAACCCUGUUGAUAUCAUCAUUGCGGGUCAUAGUGUGCAGACCGAUCCGAGCAGUUCCAGCUAGUCCUUAUUCAUACAAGCUGGUGUAUAGUGUCCUCAGCAUUUGCAUGGUUUUAGGCAUUCAGCCAAUGGGAUGGUUUCAACAUUUUUGCCAUGACAGAUAUGUGGUUCUUUCAUCUGUAGCUUGUAAGUAUUGGUAUGUGCAGAAACAGAAUGCCAAAGUGUCAUAGUGAUAAGUUCCUCAGAAUCUCUGGGUUCAGUGGUAGUACAUGACUAGCUUAUUUCAAAACAAUUGGAGAAAAUUGUCAAUGAUAAGGGUUUUUUAUUGAUGAA